AUGACUCUGCAGAAAAAAACUGUUGCUGGUGUCUUGGAGGAGUGGUGUUUGGAGGAACCCCUGUUCAGUUGCAGACGGCACCAGAAUGUUAGGAAAAAAAUGAGACUGAUACGAGUUAUAGGGCUUCUCGUCAGCGUAGUGGCCAUUAGUACUUUAUCUCUUUCGAUUAGUGCCUUUUUCAAGAUGGAACCACAUAGCAUGGCAGUGGCCAGCAGCCUGGAUAGCCAAAAGCUGGUGCGUGGGCACCAAAGAACUCUGUUGGAUUUCACUGAACAGAACAAAAACAGCGCUUCAGGUUCAGAGAAAGCUGAGAACGACAGUACAACAGAUGAUCAUGCCAAGGGAGAGUACCCUACGGACCUUUUCUCUCUUGAGGAGAGAAGAAAGGGAGCAGUCAUCCUUCAUGUAAUUGGAAUGAUUUACAUGUUUAUAGCCUUAGCCAUAGUCUGCGAUGAGUUCUUUGUUCCGUCCUUGACAGUCAUCACUGAAAAACUGACCAUAUCUGAUGAUGUGGCAGGGGCAACCUUCAUGGCUGCUGGUGGGUCAGCCCCAGAGCUCUUCACUUCUUUAAUAGGAGUGUUUAUAUCCCACAGCAAUGUUGGUAUUGGUACAAUAGUGGGAUCUGCCGUGUUCAAUAUCCUGUUUGUUAUUGGAAUGUGUGCUUUAUUUUCUAGAGAGAUUUUGAACCUUACUUGGUGGCCACUCUUUCGAGAUGUGUCCUUCUACAUCGUUGACUUGAUCUUGCUAAUCAUCUUUUUUCUGGAUAACUUGAUCAUGUGGUGGGAAAGCUUAACCCUUCUAACAGCAUAUUUUUGCUAUGUGACUUUCAUGAAGUUCAAUGUUCAAGUAGAAGAGUGGGUGAAGAAGUUUUUAAACCGGAACAAGGUUGAGAAGGAUACAACAGCAGAUGCUGAAGGAAAGUCACCUCAAGCUGGCGACAAGGAUGACCAAACAUUGACGACCAAGCCACGGCUCCAGCGGGGAGGAAGCUCUGCAUCUCUCCACAACAGUCUAAUGAGGAACAGCAUCUUCCAGCUCAUGAUUCACACACUUGACCCACUUGCUGAAGAGCUUGGAUCAUAUGGAAACCUAAAAUAUUAUGACACAAUGACUGAAGAAGGAAAAUUCAAGGAAAGGGCCUCAAUUCUGCAUAAGAUCGCCAAAAAGAGGUGCCAGGUGGAAGACAGUGAAAGGCAGAAUGGAGCUGCAAAUCAUGAGAAAAGUGCAAAAGUAGAGGUUGCAGUAACACCACCAAGUGACUCAGGACAACUACAGAAUGGAGUCGCCCACAAUGUUGAAGAAGAGAAUGAAGAGGAUGAGGACCAGCCUCUCAGCCUGGCCUGGCCUGACACUCUACGCAAGCAGCUCACCUACCUUCUUGUAUUACCCAUUGUUUUUCCACUGUGGGUUUCGCUUCCAGAUGUUAGAAACCCUAGGUCAAGAAAAUUUUUUCCUAUCACAUUUUUUGGGUCUAUCAGCUGGAUUGCAUUUUUUUCUUACUUAAUGGUCUGGUGGGCACAUCAGGUUGGAGAGACAAUUGGUAUUAGCGAAGAAAUCAUGGGUCUGACUAUUCUAGCUGCUGGCACAUCCAUUCCUGACCUUAUUACCAGUGUUAUUGUAGCACGCAAAGGUCUGGGGGACAUGGCUGUAUCCAGUUCUGUCGGGAGCAACAUAUUUGACAUCACAGUUGGCCUUCCUCUUCCAUGGCUCCUGUAUGCUGUGAUUAAAAGCUUUGCCCCAGUGACAGUCAGCAGCAAUGGUCUGUUCUGUGCCAUUGUCCUCCUCUUCAUCAUGUUGCUCUUUGUCAUCCUCUCCAUCGCUUUCUGCAAGUGGAGAAUGAAUAAAAUCCUGGGCUUUCUCAUGUUUGGGCUCUAUUUUGUGUUCCUGAUUAUCAGCGUCCUCCUAGAGGACAAAGUGAUCCAGUGUCCCGUCUCCAUCUAGUGGAAAGCGCUGUUUCUCCAGAAAGCAAGCAAAACAACUAUAUUCGUUUAAAAGGAAAAGAAAAAGUAUCAAAAUGAGACAGCAAAAAAACACUACAGAAAGCUUCUAUGAGAAUAACCCGUGGAUUUGUAAAUUUCCUUUCCCUCAAGUGUAGAAGAAAGAAAAGGAAAAGGAAGAAAAGGAAGGAAGGAAGGAAGGAAGGAAGGAAGGAAGGAAGGAAGGAAGGACGGAAGGAAGGAAGGAAGGAAGGAAGAGUGAGGAAAGAAAAGAGAGGAAAGAAAAGGAUACAAGGAGUGGGCCUCAGAGCUGACAAAUGACCACUGCUGGACAGUGCAGUCACAUGUGAAGGGCUGAGUCCGACUGUGCUAAGAUUUUCUUUGCUGCAGACCAUCCUUGCUGCUCUCCAUACUGAAGAUGCCACGCAUGCACAAGUACAGCAAAAGCUACUGCUUUUCUUAUGCCUAUGGUACAUACCCACAGACUUCUCUGUAGUAGUAUACACAAACACACAGCAUGCUCAGUUCUUGGAGCUCUCAUUUUCAAAGGAGAAUGCUAAGAUUGACUUUGUGGAGGCACCACCCCCACACACACUCUGCUAUGGGAUUUUUCUGAUAAUCUGAUUAAACUCAUGAGUGGAAAGCUUACAACAAGUGCAUGAGUCACAGACAAGGAAGAGCUUGCACAUCUCUUCGUAUAAGUGAAUUUAUAUGAUGUGAUUUCAGCAAAGCCAGGGAGUUCACCAGGUUUUUGAUCCUCUGCAUCACAGCUUUGUAAAGGCAAUCAGCAGGAUAUAAAUGGUGGUUUAUUACAUCUUGCAAAACUCUUCAGAUUCCAGAAAUUCUGACUCUGGCACUGAAGGGCCACACUGCCUGGACAUUUUGCCACUGGUGCAGAUUUUCAUUGCAUUCACAUGCAAAGACUAGAAUGGGGAUACUCUUUCUUCUCUAAUAGCAAUGCAGGCAUGCAGAGACGUCAUACAACUGUUAUGUGAACACACCAUUUUUUCUAAUGCAGCAAUACCAACAGCAGUACCAAUGGCUUUCAGAUGCUGUUAUCAUUGUGAGUUUGCCUUUUCAUGCCAGAAGAAAAAGGCUACUUUGCUUAUGCAUAGUAUUUCAUACAGAAAAUAGAAGUAGAUGUAAAGUGGUAGCCUAAUUGCUGAAGUGGAUAUAUAUUUUACAAGCUAACUUUUGGUAUUACUUGGAGUGUAAGGACCUUCACAGCCUUUGCUGGAAGAGAUCCCCAGCUGAUGCACAAAGCUGGGGCAGUUCAUAUUUGUUCUUAUAAAUCUUGAAACUAGGUAGGAGAAACUAAGAAUUUAAAUAUAGUGGAGCCGCAGGAAACCUACAUGAAAAUUUUCCAGGAUUGCUAGAAGUGUGAAUGUCUGAAAAGCCCAGGAAGGAGUGAAAAUGCAAUUUUAUUUUAGUAAGUUUCCAGGAGAGGGUUCAAACCUAGAACAGAAAAAUAGAGAGCACAACAAAGUGUUCAUUUUUCCUGUAGUUUGCAUGAUUAACAAAAAAAAAACCCCAAACCAAAACAGGAAAAAAAGUGUGUGUAGAGGAGGAGGACUGGAACAAGUUAUUUCAGAUAAUCAUCAUUUGUUUGUUCAUGUCUUUUGUGCAUUUAUAGUUCAUGAAAUUUCAGUGCAUUUCUGUGACCUGUUUCAGCAUUGUUUUGUAUUUGUAUUGUGCUCACAGUGGCAAUGCCAUGCUCACAGCAGUGUAUCAGAAAGCUCAGCACAUUUUGUCUUGUCUGUUUUCCUGUGUACCAUGCUAUUUGCUUCUCACUCAUCCCCUUUGUCCUUUACUGUUUUCCUGUUCUGUAUUUGUAUAUAACAAUAUCUGAUUAGAAAGUACAGACUUGGCAGAAAACAACGGUAGAGAAAACAAUAAAAUAUACAUAUUAAAAAUUACAAAAAUGUUAAUAUUAUGUGCUAUCAUGAAGAUGCUGUUGAACAAAAGCAAGAAAACUGUCUUUUCCUAAGGUAUUAAAUCCUAGCUACUUUUAGAAUCAGUAUCUGAUCUUAACUGUGCAUUUGCAACAUCUCUUCAGCCUUAGUGCUUUUUAGUGUGAGCUUCUCUGGUUGUGAGCAAAAAAUUGUAUAUUUAAGAGCCUAUCUUAACGUUGGUGCUCUUUAUCUCUUAACGUUUGUCUCUGCGGAUGUAGGCAGUGUGAAGAUAGAGGGCAGGUAUAUACGUACCUACAGUGCCCUCUAAAGGCAAGAACAGCGAUCUUGCAAAAGUGAAUCUGUAACCCAAAUUCUGAGUUGCAAUGCAACAGACGUCCCAAAAUACAGAGCUGACAUCACAGUAUAAUCUAUCUUAGAGGAGUCACCAAAUGCUUUUAUUUCUGUGACAGUGCUCGAAACUGGCAAUUCUUUUGCAAGUGAGCAGAAUAAGAGCUAUCUAAAAAGGCAUGUGCAGGAAUAGUGAUAGAUCUGUGUGUGUGGGCACUUAGAAUACACAAAGAUGCCCAGAUUCACUGGUCUGACAGUUCACAUCAACAAACCAUGAAAUGGGCAAGAGUCUGAUCUCUUUUCAGGGCAAUACUCCUUUUGUUUUUCCCCUUUUUUUUUCCUUUUAAUUCUCUUGAUGACUUCAUGGCCAGCAUGGUGUGAUGACUCCCACAGCCAGAAAAGAAAAAGCCCUGCCUGACCUAGAGGGCUGUAAGAGCACUCUGGUGCACUCUGUGAAGUGAGGUCAGCAGCAGCAGAAACUGUUGCACCACUAAGGGCAGCUAGGGAGUAAAGAACACCCUACACAUGGGGAAUAUUUUGGUCCAAAUCUGGCAUCAAUAGCUUGAAGGAAGACUUUUAUGUGUAGGGCUAAGGGCUGAUAUCUUGUACUGGCAUUUGUGUACCAUCUUAAAAUAUAUCUGACUCAUCUCUUUGCCAUGUCUGCUUGUCUCUACCAACAUCUUCAUCUUGGCAGGUAUUAAAAGUAACUGUUUCUCUUCAGGAACAAGACACCUCAUGGCUCCCACUGCCUUGCAACUGCUGGGCAGAUCAUUAUCCAAAUAACUGAAUAAUGUGUGGUCAGUGGCAGCUGAACUCCAGAGGUUGGAGAGAUUUCAGUGACGUAGUGCAAGCUCUGAAAGCUCGUUGUAUUUUCUAAGACAAUCUUCUACAUCAGUACCAGAGGAAAUUGUUUUGGCAUACUUGCACGCUGAUGUGCUCUUUGCUUUUAAGGCAACAAUUGUGCUAGUAGAUAAAGAGGAGUGGGAUGGGGAGAGAAGCAUGGUUCUUUAUCCUAUGCAGAAGGAGUUUGAAAAUCUUAAACUGGAGCACUGAGAGGACAACGAGAGCUGCUGUACCCCAGUGACUGGAUAUGCAUAAGCUGUCCAGGCUCAACACUGCAGAAGAUGAACACCACUUGUCACAACACUCCUGCUUUACAAUGACAGCAAACUUCACAGCAUAAAGCGUGUCUGGUUGUUCAUAGCUGUUUCCGUGUGGGAUCCAUGGAUGUUUCUCAACAUUGUACACUUAGAAGCCAAAACUAAAUUUCUAUUUUCUUCAGCCAAAGUUGUGAAUGACUUCACUAGGAAUCUGGUCCCACAAACCACCUGAAUUCUACAGUGAGUUGAUUGGCCAGCAUUGAAACCUCUUCCACCUGCCACUAUGCCCAUGCUCGCUCAUUCAUUCAUUUGAUCCUGAUAUCUGCAUAAUCCUUAUGAGCCAUAAAUGAAUAACGAAUAUGGGAAUUGGUGUUAUGAUCAAGAUUCUGUUUUAACUUAGUGUUUUCUGGACAAAGUUGGCAACACACUGAGUAACAUGAGAAUGCCACUUCAGGUUAAGUAGCCAAAUCUCUGUGGCAUGGUUGCACUUGACCAGAACCAAGGUUGGACGUGGUUUUUAGAAGGGAUUUCCGGUAGCAUUUGAGUAGGAUUGUGGGUCAGAUUGUAACCCAUUUUAGUUUGUGCACUAACUUUAUUGGAAUUAAAGAAGAGAAUGCGCCCCACCAGUACAAGAUACCAUUGGAGUCCUACAAAUAUUUUCUGUUUUCCACUAAAGAAAGACAGGAAGGGAGAUGAAAAAAAAAGAAAAUAAAGCCAACUUCCUGCUACUGAAGCCACCAUAGUCUAGAGUAGAAUCUGUAGCGUGAAUGCUAGAAAAGUGUGCUUAAAAGAGUGCUAUGUGGAGAAUCUCCUCAAGAACUAUAUGUAGAUGGGGAAAAACCUUUCAGCAAAGCUCUGUGUAUUUUAAAUUCACUAUUUCACUGAAAGCUAGUGCUCUCUUGUAGUGCAGACAGGCUCUCUGUGUCUGUAUGCCUCUGCUUAUUUAUACAAUUGCUGUGGCUAUGAAUAAUCUUCAUGAAGCAUAAAGCACAGUGAGUGACAAAGAAGCUUAUCUAGAUGUCAUUUAAUGUUGUAAUGGCUACAAACCUACCAUGUAACUUGCACAUACGCUAUUCUGAAGUAGUUUAUGGUCACUGUCACUCAUGGUACUGUUGUGUGUGGAUAUGAAGGUCCACAAAGCAGUAGGCUAAAUGUGUGGUUAAUCCAAGUACUGUAAAAAAAUAGAUGCUUAGAAAUAUACUUAAUGUUUAGGUGUUUUUUAAGGGAUUAUUUCUCUAGUUGUCUUUUAAUUCAUUACAUAUUUUGCAGAGAA